AUGGGUAUUUCUCGAGACUCCCGACACAAGCGCUCUGCUUCUGGUGCGAAGAGAGCAUAUUACCGGAAGAAGCGCGCUUUCGAAGCCGGCCGACAGGAGUCCAACACCCGUAUCGGAGCAAAGAGAAUCCAUCUUGUCCGUACCCGUGGUGGUAACCGCAAGUUCCGUGCUCUUCGUCUCGAAUCCGGCAACUUCUCCUGGGCUUCUGAGGGUAUCGCCCGUAAGGUCCGUGUGAUCGUCGUCGCUUUCCAUCCUUCCAACAACGAGUUGGUCCGAACCAACACCCUCACCCGUUCCGCCGUCGUCCAGAUCGAUGCCGCUCCUUUCCGUCAAUGGUACGAGGCCCACUACGGACAGAACCUCGGUCGCAGACGCCAAAAGCAAGCCGGUGCUGAGGUCGUCGAGCCAGACACCAAGAAGAGCAAGUCCGUCGAGAAAAAGCACGCUGAGCGUUUCGCUGCCGUAGGAAAGGUCGAGCCUGCUUUGGAGAAGCAAUUCGAGGCUGGUCGUCUUUUCGCCGUUAUCUCUUCCCGCCCAGGACAGAGUGGACGUUGUGAUGGAUACAUCUUGGAGGGUGAGGAGCUUGCUUUCUACCAGCGCCAACUGAGAAAGUAG